GGCGGCAGCGGUUAGAGGCUUCGCUGGGCUUUGCAGCGGGGACUUCGGCGGCGGCGCCUCAGGCAUCUCGGCCCUGACACAAUGAGGCGAGUGGUACGACAGAGCAAGUUUCGUCAUGUGUUUGGACAAGCGGUAAAAAACGACCAGUGUUAUGAUGACAUCCGGGUUUCUCGAGUGACCUGGGAUAGUUCCUUUUGCGCUGUCAAUCCCAGAUUUGUUGCCAUUAUCAUAGAAGCGAGUGGGGGAGGAGCGUUCCUUGUGCUCCCUUUGCACAAGACUGGUCGAAUCGACAAAUCCUACCCUACAGUAUGUGGCCACACAGGACCGGUACUCGACAUAGACUGGUGCCCACAUAACGAUCAGGUCAUUGCCAGUGGCUCAGAAGACUGCACGGUGAUGGUGUGGCAGAUCCCAGAAAAUGGACUUACCCUUUCCCUGACCGAACCUGUGGUGAUUUUAGAAGGCCACUCGAAGAGAGUUGGCAUCGUGGCCUGGCAUCCGACUGCCCGCAAUGUCCUUCUUAGCGCAGGCUGUGAUAAUGCCAUCAUCAUCUGGAAUGUGGGGACAGGGGAAGCCCUUAUAAACUUGGAUGAUAUGCAUUCAGAUAUGAUUUACAACGUGAGCUGGAACCGGAAUGGCAGUCUGAUCUGCACAGCUUCCAAAGACAAGAAAGUGAGAGUAAUCGAUCCUAGGAAACAAGAGAUCGUUGCUGAGAAGGAGAAAGCACAUGAAGGAGCAAGACCCAUGAGAGCCAUCUUUCUGGCUGACGGGAAUGUCUUUACCACUGGUUUCAGCCGCAUGAGUGAGCGGCAGCUGGCUCUCUGGAAUCCGAAAAAUAUGCAGGAACCCAUUGCUCUUCAUGAAAUGGACACUAGCAAUGGGGUAUUGCUGCCCUUCUAUGACCCUGACACCAGUAUCAUUUACUUAUGUGGAAAGGGUGACAGCAGUAUCCGCUAUUUUGAGAUCACAGAUGAAUCCCCGUACGUCCACUACCUCAACACAUUCAGCAGCAAGGAGCCUCAGAGAGGGAUGGGCUACAUGCCCAAGAGGGGACUCGAUGUUAACAAAUGUGAGAUUGCCAGAUUCUUCAAACUUCAUGAGAGGAAGUGUGAGCCUAUUAUCAUGACUGUUCCCAGGAAGUCCGACCUUUUCCAAGAUGACCUGUAUCCUGACACAGCGGGGCCUGAAGCAGCACUGGAGGCAGAGGAGUGGUUUGAGGGGAAAAAUGCAGAUCCAGUCCUCAUCUCCUUAAAGCAUGGAUACAUUCCUGGCAAAAACCGGGAUCUCAAGGUGGUCAAGAAGAACAUUCUGGAUAGCAAGCCCACUGCAAAUAAGAAGUGUGACCUGAUCAGUGUCCCCAAGAAAACCCCAGACACGGCUAGUGUGCAAAACGAAGCCAAGUUGGAUGAGAUUUUAAAAGAGAUCAAAUCUAUAAAAGACACAAUCUGCAAUCAAGAUGAGCGCAUUUCCAAGUUAGAACAGCAGAUGGCGAAGAUCGCAGCCUGAAGGCCCACCCCCAACCCCCACAAUGGGAGCAGGAACCUGUGCUUGGCAGCUGGUUGUUGGCGUGGUCCCAGGGAGGGCGAAAGGGAGGCACUGCCAUUCGGAGACAUUCCGUGUCACAUUUGUCAACCAGCGAUAGGCCACAUUCCAGUAAGAACUCAAUUCGUCUCCCAAAUUUGCAGAAACAAAAUGUGAUUUAAAAGCUGAGCUUUUUAUCAGAAAGCUUUUUUGAUGUUUUAAGUGUUAUGUGACUUGUCGAACUUUUAAAAGACAAAAGUGCUACUUUUAAAAUCCCAGAUACUCUGAAUUUUAGAAAACCAACCAAUUCUGAUUCAGUGUCGUGCCCAAGUACCUUUUUUUUAUAAACAGGGACCAAUGCCACAUUGCUUUUUGUAUUUCUUUUUUUUUAAUGUUGCCAAAACCAAAAGUAGCUUUCUUCCCCCUUGUAUUUUGCUACUUUGCAGUAUUUGUGUGUGGUUUUUUUUUUCCUUAAUUUGAAAGGGACAGCACUGUGUAUGUUUAUAAACUAAAUGAAGAUAUUAUUUUGUAUACACAUUCAUCUGAGAACAAUCAGAGCAGUAGCCACAUGGUGCUGGCUCGUUUGCAGCACAAACCUGGUCAUCCUCAUGACUACAGAAGGAAGACUUGAAAAAUCACGUGGGUUCGCAUCACCACCCUCUCCUUUAAUGGAGUCUCUGAUCAAAAAAGCUCCUAUUGUAUUGCUUCCUUUCUUCCCUUUCUCUUUUCUAGAAACUGGGUGGUUGUACCAGAAUGGAAUUUCACUUCUUGGUUAUCCUGUGCUUCAGAUGAUUAUAAUCUAACCUAAACUAG